UUCGUAUUUACUGUUUGGCAACGACAUUUUUUGGACGUACUUACUUGCGGUCGCGGGCUGCGGCAUAAUAAAUUGUUAUUCGUUGUACAUGUGCGUCCCGGUGUUCCAGGCCGAGCGUAGAACUGCUAACAGAGUACUCCUAGUGCUGAAUUUUACCUGUGGAUGAUCGCAUACAUAUAUUAGCUUACCAAUAUGGAUCAAGACGAUAUUGUUUGGUCUAUUAUAAAAGAUACAUUUUGUUCUUUCAAAAUCAAGACGGACACAUCAAAUUUUUGCCGUAAUGAAUAUAAUUUAUCAGGUUUGUGCAAUCGCACUCACUGUCCAUUGGCUAAUAGCAGAUAUGCUACUGUUAGAGAAGAGAAGGGUAUUAUAUAUCUCUUCUUAAAAACUGCUGAAAGGUCUGUAUAUCCAAAAAGACAGUGGGAAAAGAUAAAAUUAUCAAGAAAUUUUCAAAAAGCUAUACAACAAAUGAAUGAACACAUGUUGUAUUGGCCAGGUCCAUUAAAGUCUAUGUGUAAACAGCGUUUUGUUCGAAUAACUCAAUAUCUAAUUCGAAUGAGAAAACUCAAACUUAAAACUCAGAAAGAAUUAGUUUCAAUGCCAAGAAAAGUUGAAAAACGAGUCAAAAGAAGAGAAUAUAAAGCUGAAAUCGCUGCUCGUCUUGAUAAUGUUAUUGAAAAAGAAUUGGUUGAAAGACUCAAAAAAGGAACAUAUGGUGAUAUGUACAAUAUUAAUCAACAAGCAUUUGAAAAAGCACUUGAAAAAGAAGGAGAAGAAGAUGAAGAUGAAGAUAAUGCUGAUGCUGAUGAAUAUACUGCAGCAGAAGAUGAGUCUGACUUUGGAGAAGAUAAUGAUGAAAUGUUUGAUAGUGAUAUAGAAGAUGGUGAUAAUGUCUCUGAUUAUGUUUGUUCUGACGGUGAAGAAGAAGAAAUGGAAGAUAUUGAGGAUAUUGCCGCUAAGAAAGCCAAAAAAGUUGUUAAACCCAAAGGCAGACCUCAUGUUGAAAUUGAAUACGAAAAUGAAUCAAAUAAAACAAAUUGAGUUUUAAUUGUUAUUUUAACUACAUGUCAUUUGAACUUACAAAUAUAGUUCUUAAUUUUAUUAUUAAAAA